CACAUCGUAGAGUUCAGUUGAUAACUUGGGUGAAGUAAAAAAAAGUUAAUAAAAUGUUCGUAUCAAAAAUCUUCGUCUUCACGAUUUUAUUAAUCAGCGUCAGCUGUAGAUACCUAAAUGAAGACCAAAGACCGUAUCUAAUCAUUGAAGAUGACGAUAGCAUUAGAAUAUUUGCUUUAGAAGAUGAGGCUGAUGUAAAUGAAGUGGAAGAAUUGCAUCCACUUAGAGUUAGAAGACAAGCACAUGGCAAUAUCAACACAAACCCAGAUGGAAGUUCUAACGUCGCUGCAAAGACACCAAUAGCCCGAGGUGACAGCAAUGUAUUGAGUGCUAUCGGUUCAGUUAACGCCGCUGACGGCAAGGGAGGAUUCGGCUCAGCUGGUGCUGGCUUGGCUUGGGACAAUAUCAAUGGCCAUGGAGCAACUUUAACCGGCAGCCGCAUCCCCGGCGUUGCCGAUCAGCUGACCGCAAGUGGCAAAGCUAACGUUUUCCACAACGACAAGCACGACCUCACCGCUAGUGCCUUCGCCACAAGAACUUUCCCAGACAAACCGAACUUCCCCACCUUCGAUACUUAUGGCGGUAAAGUUGGAUACACAUACAAUGACAAGAUCGGAGCGACCCUGGGUGCGGCACACACGGACCUCUUUAAGAAGACCGACUACUCAGCUAUGGGCAAUCUCAAUCUGUUCAAGGAUCGCACCUCAUCGCUGGACCUGAACGCGGGUUGGAGCAAGUCCGUCUCCCCUUACUUACCAAGCAGCAGAUGGGAGCCCAGUGGUGGCAUUUCCUUCACCAGAUUCUUCUAAGCAAGAAGACUUAAAUGUAACUAAGUGUAGUU